AUGUCAUUGAAUGGAAGGACACUUCUUCGAGCUUGGAUACCGGUAAUAUUUAAUGUCGAAUGUCCACGUGGACGUGCUUUCGGUGCAACACCUCAUAUUGGUGUCGUGAUGCCACAUUGUAAGACAACAAUCUAUUGCACAUUUCGAUCGGAACGUAUCACUCGGGUACCUGAUGAUGGUAUCUAUAUUUACAGUAUUUUUCAAAAGGCAGUCAACGAUGAUAAAUUUAUCAAUGUACAGAGUGAUAAGGAAAAAGAGCGAGUGGCACGAAAAAUUUGGUCACAGCAUCGCGGCAAAUGUUUCGAGUGUCUACGUCUUCCGGUAGGUUUUGAGCCACGACGACCAGCUACUCAUGAACAACACGCUGAACUGUACUGCGAUGAUAUACCUGGUAAACUUCAACAUACAACGCCCAAACUAUCAAAAGAAGAAAUGCCAACCAGUCAGCUACCAUCUGCGGAAGAAAUUCAUUAA